AUGGAGCAGACUACUGGACAAACCCCUGGCUCUGAACAGCCUAUAACAGUAGAUACCCAAUACUUUCACGAGGUUCUUACGCACUUCAACGAAGAAGGGCAUCUUAUCAACAGGAACACUAGAUUCAACAUCAAGUGCUCUAUUUGCCAGGACGCACAUCUAAGCCUCGUAAACCAUGACUUUGAUAAAAAGUCACGGGCCACUCACGAACCUUUUGCAGUUCUGCCCAGAUGUGGUCAUGCCUUCGGCUACGAAUGUAUUUCCCAGUGGCUGAUGAGAGACAUCAACAUAGGAAACCCCAGGUGUCCAACAUGCCGUACCGACGUCUUCAGCAGCAGGAUGCAACCCGAGGUAUUACACGUCUUCGGCACCUGUGAACCCGAAGAGCAACACCUGGAGAUAGUUGCCAUUAGGGAGAGUCUUCGCACCAACGAUACGCCGCCAACACAGGAGCCAUCGGAGCCAAGACCAGGCAUGGAAUUGCCGAGAAACCCACAAAUUGUCUAUCUGGAGAAUGCUCAGAUGUUUCAGCUAAGUGAAGAAGAAGGGCGAACAGCCUUUAGAAUGAGGCUAUUGGGGCUUGGUCUGCCACCGCCACGGUGGUAG